GGGCGGUAGCUUGCGCUACCUAGCCUUGACGUUUCUGGGAAGGCUUGUAAUAGAUGUUGAUGAAGGCUGUAGGACGUAUACUGUAUCCCUCCAAUAUACUCUAGUUAAAAUUAUGAAAAUUGCUAUGAUAUAUUUAUUUAAAAUAUUCGGAACACAUUUUUAUACGAAAGUUCGGCGACUUUGCUAUCAGACGGUGACUCAGUCGACAUUUUGUUUGGCAAUCUCCGCAGAAGUUUUCCCCCAAAUCCUGGCUCUUGCGUCGUUACGGCGUUGGACGCUGUCUCACGCCCGGUCUGAGUGAGUAAGAGACAACACACCCCACCCAGACCCACCAAUAUGAAUCGCCUCUUCGGCCGCGGCAAGGCGAAAGAGCCUCCGCCGAACCUAACCGACUGCAUCGCUGGCGUCGAUGGCCGCGCAGAGUCCGUCGACAAGAAGAUCUCUCGACUAGACGCCGAGCUCAAGAAGUACAAGGACCAAAUGGUCAAGAUGCGGGACGGGCCGGCCAAAAACAUGGUCAAGCAGAAGGCCAUGCGCGUCCUCAAACAGCGCAAAAUGUACGAACAGCAGCGCGACAACCUCAUGCAGCAGUCCUUCAACAUGGAGCAGGCAAACUUCGCGACGCAGACCCUGAAAGACACCAAGACCACGAUGGAGGCGAUGCGGCUGGGCGUGAAAGAGAUGAAGCGCGAAUACAAGAAGGUCAACAUCGACGACAUCGAGAACCUCCAGGACGACCUGGAAGACAUGCUCGACCAGGCCGGGGAGGUCCAGGAAGCCCUGGGGAGGAGCUACGGUAUGCCAGAGGUCGACGACGACGAGCUCGAAGCGGAGCUGAACGCCUUGGGAGACGAGAUCGCGCUGGACGAGGACACGUCUUAUUUGGACGAAGUCACCGCUCCGACCAUCCCCACGAAAGAACCGGGAGCUGAUAGCGUGCCCGCGACUCAGGGAGGCGUUCUCGUGGACGAGUUUGGGUUGCCCAAGAUUCCCGCAACCUAGGGUCCCUUUCCUGCUGUUGUUGCCUUCGUAGAGUGUUCCCCGGAUUUGUACGGCACUUACGAGAGUCUUUUGAUCGUAGUACUACCCUCACCACGAUUGUUGCACGUAUCAGCACUGUGGAGAUACGCUUGGCUUUACAUUACAAAUGUUUCCUAUGGUUGUUUCUUGUGCUCUCGCAAAAGUACACAUUUUGCGUUGCCGUCUUUUAUUCUGUACAUUAUUAUUAUUUUUACUUUCAGAGGUAUGCUGGAGCUCGUGUGUGCAUCUGUAACCUGCUUGGCGAGUUUACUGCUAAACUGUGUGCCGGUUGGCAAUUAAAACCACAUGUGCCCCACCCA